UUAAGAUCUGUUCACAGUGUUUUAUCCCAAACUCAACCAGAUCUGCUGAGAGAAGUUAUACUAGUUGAUGAUUGCUCAACAUUAGGUCCGUGGUAAUUUUUUUUCCAAACAUUGGCGAAAGCAAUGCGUGAACUUCCCAUCUAGUAGUUAUAGCCCACCAAACAUUGGCGACAGCAAUGCGUGAACUUCCCAUCUAGUAGUUAUAGCCCGCCAAACAUUGGCGACAGCAAUGCGUGAACUUCCCAUCUAGUAGUUAUAGCCCGCCAAACAUUGGCGACAGCAAUGCGUGAACUUCCCAUCUAGUAGUUAUAGCCCGCCAAACAUUGGCGACAGCAAUGCGUGAACUUCCCAUCUAGUAGUUAUAGCCCGCCAAACAUUGGCGACAGCAAUGCGUGAACUUCCCAUCUACUAGUUAUAGCCCGCCAAACAUUGGCGACAGCAAUGCGUGAACUUCCCAUCUACUAGUUAUAGCCCGCCAAACAUUGGCGAAAGCAAUGCGUGAACUUCCCAUCUACUAAAGUCACUUGACAAAAACUUGAGCUCAAGCGACGCACAUUUAAGAAUGCCAAUUUUGUUACACCCCCCACCCUUCCCCCCAUGAUACGACACUGCACACUUUUUAUUUCACGCCCAUGAACUAUAUUAAUAUUCUUAAUAUCCCAACCACUUUUAAAUCGAUUAUUUUUUACCCAAUAUUUAAAUUGAGACGAUUUCAUUUCCGAAAAGAAAAUAUUUCUCACCAAACGCAAUUGCAUCAUUAAAAAAUAAAUUUACAUCAUUUAUAGCGUAGUUAUCUGGAAUUAUAUUUUACGGGCUAGUGAACUCAUUAUUGAACCACACUCUGGCGUAUCUAUAAAUAGCAUGCGUGGUGUUUGAACCGUGUUGGUGUUUGAACUUUGCUGGCGAAUUAUAGAUAGAGAUGAUUUAAAUAUGUGUCAACUUUGAUCAAAUUUUUUUAACAUGGAUCCCCCUCCCACCCACUCCUUUACUACAUAGCUUUCUUGGGAGCUCCUCUGGACAAAUACUUCAGUCCAGUCCCCAAAGUGAAAAUAGUUCGAGCCGAGAAGAAAGGCGGUUUGAUCAAAGCAAGACUUCUGGGGUUUGAGGCGUCCACGGCCCCAGUGGCUGUGUUUUUGGAUGCCCACAUUGAGUGUUUCCCAGGUAAGUGAGACGUAACAUACUUGUUGGAUUAAAUCAACUGCUCGGAAUGUUUUUGUUUUUUUAACUUCACACUAAAUAACUAUCUCCAACCCCCCCCCCUUUUUUUUUCUUCUUAAAAUUCCUCAUCAUUCCAACCUGCGUUGACGUCUUCAGACUGGGCUGAAUCGUUGUUGCUGCAGAUCAAAUUGAACCCUAAGGCCGUUGUGUUUCCAUUCAUUGCUAAAAUCAGCGAUAAGACAUUCGGUGUCCGCUGCAAAUACGAUUCCAACUACUACGGAAGUUUUCAUUUCAAAAAUCUUUUUUUUGAUUGGAUGGAGAUUCCAAAACGUGAGUUCGACAGGAGGAAGGAUAUCACCAUACCUUUCAGGUGA